AGUAACAAUAAUAUCGAUCGCUCCUCCAUUAUUGCACAGCAGAGCCUGCCCAUGGGCAGCAGCAGCAUCCAGCAGCAGUAACAACACGCUCCUCCAUUAUUUCCUUACUCUGCACACUCUGCUCCUCCAUUGAAGGGAAGGGAACCACCGUUGCUCCUCCAUAUCGAUCGCUCCAUCCAAGAUCCAAAUCCAAGCAUGGCGCUCAAGAGGAGUAGAUGUAGAUCCAUCGCCUUCCUCAACCGCCAUUGCUAGCUAGCUCCUCAAGCUGCCGGGGGAUUUGGCUGGCAUUUUGAUACGGUCGCUCAACACCCUACAUCGGAUCUUGCUGGAGGGUUUCAACAGAGGGCGGCCGGCAGACAGCAGCAUUUGGAGGCUGCCGCCCAACAGUCUGCUCAGCUAUGCUUUGCUUCUGCUUGUACUCUGUAGGACUGCUUCCUAGCUAAAGGAUCCAUACACUGAGAAAGAAGAUCCACCGGUUCCACCAUGGAGGUGGUGACCGGUGCCAUGGGAAGCUUGCUCCCCAAGCUCGGCGAGCUGCUCGUGAGUGAGUACAAGCUGCAAAAGGGCGUCAAGGAGGACGUCGAGUCCCUCGAAAGGGAGAUGAAGAGCAUGAACGCUGCCCUCGUCAAGGUGGCGGAGGUGCCAAGGGACCAGCUGGACAACCAGGUCAUCAUCUGGGCUGACGAGCUCAGGGAGCUUUCGUACGACAUGGAGGAUGUUGUCGACAACUUUCUUGUGUACGUCAAGGGAUCUGAAUCCGAUGCUGUCACCGACUCAAACAAGCUCAAAGGGCUAAUGGUGAAGAUGACCAACUUGUUCACCAAAGGCAAGACUCGCCAUCAGAUUGCCGAUGCCAUGAGGGACAUCAAGAACCGCGCCCAAGAGGUGGCUGACCGGCAUAACAGGUACAGGGUCGACGAUGCAGUUGCCAAUGCAGCUGGCAAACACAAGGUUGACCCUCGUCUGCUGGCUCUAUACAAGACUCAGAAGGAGCUCGUUGGCAUUGAAGACGCACGGAACGAGCUAACCAAUAUGCUCACAGAUGGUGUUGGUGAUGGUGAUGUUCCCAAGAAACAGCACAUGAUGAAGAUGGUCUCAAUUCUUGGACCUGGAGGACUUGGCAAGACUACACUUGCUAAGGCAGUGUAUGAUACGCUUCAAACACAAUUUGAAUGCACAGCUUUUGUUCCAGUGGGUCGAAACCCUGAAGUGAAGAAAGUUUUAAGGGAUAUCCUUUUGGAGGUUGGCAAGAAGCAGGAGCAUAUUGGUGAUGUAGCCAUAUUGGAUGAAAGACAACUCAUCAACAUACUCCAACGACUACUUGAGAAUGCGAGGUACUUAAUUGUCAUUGAUGACAUAUGGGAUUUAGAAGCAUGGAACAUUAUCAAAUGUGCUUUGCUUGAUAACAAUCAUGGGAGCCGAGUAAUCACAACUACUCGUAUUCUCGAUGUUGCCACAAAUACCGGUGAUAUUUACAAGCUAAAACCCCUUUCUCAUCAUUUGUCCGAAGAAUUAUUCUAUACAAGAUUGUUUGGUGGUAAAGAUAAAUGCCCUUUUGGUCAACCAGCUGAAGUAUCAGACAAAAUUUUACAGAAAUGUGGAGGUGUGCCAUUAGCUAUAAUUACAAUAGCUAGUUUGUUGGCAGGUAAACCAAUGGAGGAUUGGUCUAAAGUAUUCAACUCCAUUGGUUUUGGAUCUGGAGAUAGCAACACAGAUGUAGAGAACACGAGGAAGAUAUUAUUAUUUAGUUAUUAUGAUCUACCUUAUUAUCUAAGGUCUUGUCUACUGCAUAUGAGCGUAUACCCAGAAGACUAUUUGAUCAGGAAAGACAAACUGAUAUGGCAGUGGGUCGCCGAAGGUUUCGUCAGUGAGGAACCAGGGGUAAGUUUAUUUGAGACCGGUGAAAGGUACUUUAAUGAACUUGCAAAUAGAAGCAUGAUUCAGCCGGUAGAGUAUCGGCAACCAUACACAAUAGAUGCUUGUCGUAUUCAUGAUAUGGUACUGGAUAUGAUUUGUCUAUUAUCAAAGCAACAAAAUUUUGUUACUAUAUUGGAUAGUAACGAGAAGAACAUACCUUCACCAUGCAAUGCCCGUAGGUUAGCUGUCCAAAAUAGAGCCGUGCCUCUGACUAACAUGAGCAUGCCAAAAGUGAGGUCGUGGUAUGCCAUCAUGUGUGAUCCCAAUGCAUUGCCGUCUCUUUCAAACUUUCAAGUAUUACGUGUUCUAGAUAUGGAAAAGUGCGGCUUUGACAAAGACCAUCCUUACCAUCUUGAGCAUUUCAGGAGGUUACCUCAGUUGAGAUACCUGGGCCUAAAGGGCACAUAUAUUAGUAAGCUCCCAGAAGAAAUAGGAGAACUAAAAUUUCUGCAGACACUGGACUUGAGGAGCACUUAUAUAAGAGAGUUACCAGAGAGUAUUGGUCUGUUAAGGCAACUCAAGUGUCUGCAUGCUGACGUGAAUGGUGUUGGUAUAACAGUGCCGAAUUGGAUAGGGAACCUGACAUCCUUGGAAGAGCUACAUUUGAAUGCUGCUGACAAGUCUUGUAUCUUUGUGAAAGAGCUCAGAAAGCUGACAGAGCUGAGGGUGCUCUUCUGUAGGUUAACUGCGGAUGUGGAUGAGUGCUGGAUGAAAUGUUUUGUGGAGUCUUUAUGCAAUCUGCGGAAAAUCCAAGUCCUAGGUCUAUAUUUUUCCCUCACGCAACCAACAUCCGAGUUAGAUGACUACUGGAAAGGCUAUGAGCCCCCUCGGCAACUCCGUGAUCUGUGCAUACAGCAUGGUUUUAGUAGGGUCCCGGCGUGGUUUAAUUGCUCGCUUCUUCCAAACCUCUCCAGCCUAGACAUGGAAGUGGGUGAUUUUGGGGAGCAAGAUGUGCUGAACUUUGGGGGUUUGCCAGAGCUUACUUGCCUUUGGAACGCGAUUCCUGGGGGCAUGGAAUUCCCUGAUGGUGCUUUCCCCAAGUUGAGAAUCUGCAGGGUGCAUGCGCCAUUCAGGUUUCUGCAGGGAAGUAUGCAGAGCCUUGAAUCCAUUUAUAUCAUAGUGCACGUGCGUGCCUUGAAGGAUGCCAGCACUGAUUUAGACUUUAUUGGUAGCCUGGGGGACCUCCCUUCGGUUCGGAGAGUUGACGCUCAGAUCGGUUGCAAUGGUGCCUCUGCUUCUGAUAUUGAAAAGGUGAAGGCAGCGGUGAGGCAAGCAAUCGACACCCAUCCCAACCGUCCCACCCUUCAUCUCGAUGCAUAUGGUCUACCACAGACUGACGAAGAAAAAUCAGACUUGGAACAGACCAAACAGGAGUUGCUAGUAGCCCCCUGUUUGGAUCAUACUACCAGCGUUGGUACGUCUGCUCAGCUAAUCAACGACAACAACGACGAGGAAGAAGAAUCGGACUCUGUGAAGACCGAACAAAAGUCCGACCACGAAGAUGAGAACCGUCCUGGACCUCACCUAACAGAAAGCAGCGUUGACAUCGCCAGCACAUCUCCUCCGGUGCCCGCGCAGCGACAGACGUGGAGGCGGUGGGCGUGGUUCGCUUGCCUCAACUCAGGCAGCAGCAAUUCCGCUGCACCUUCCACAGCAGGUUCAAAGCAAUGUGGCGGUUCAGGGCAGGGGAUGGGUCGUCAGGAAGCAGAGGAUGAUAGUGAGGCUGCUCAGCCCUGAGUGAUAAUGUUGCUAUGCUCAUUGAUCAGUUAAACCGCAUAACUACUUUUCUUAAGACUUUCCUGAAUGAUACUUGGUUUGUAAUUGUAGUAGGAUAUGGUGAACCAGGUUUUUUGCCCCGUAGUCUGUGUCUAUGGUCAUGAUCAGGACAGCGGGUUUUCCUGGCAUUUUGCUACAAUCCUCUUUUCUAAUUUCCUACUUCACUUUGUUAAGACUUGUUGUUUUCUAUAAUGCUGAGUACUGAAAAGUGGCAUAUGCCCAAUCCUA